AUGGCACUAAAACUGCUUAAUUUCUUCUUCAUCACCUCAACACUGGAGGAUGAAAACUACGACGUCUCUCUUUACAAGCGUGGUGACAUUUUGGAGGUAUCCAGGACUCUUUUUAUACAUUUUGGAAUCUACUUGGGUCGUGUUGCUCAUUUCAUCCCAGACAUCCUACCAGUGUUCAUUAAAGAGAAGCCACGACUGUCCCAGAUGGUGACUAACGAAAGACUGAUUUUGGGAGUUUUGGCCAAAGCAGCCAGUGUCCGUGUGGACUCUUUGGCGGAUUUUGCAUACGGUGAUCAGAUUCAGGUCAAUAAAACAGACAGUAUGGUCAGUGUACAGCCACUAAAUGGAGAGGAAGUGGCACGACGGGCGGAGAAGCUGAUUGGAUCUUUCUCCUACAGCUUACUGUGGCACAACUGUCAACAUUAUGUCAUGUAAUGCCGCUAUGGUGUUGGAUUUAGCUUCCUAACCUUUCAGUUCUGCAAAACUGUAAGGACAACUCUCUUAAGCAGAAAGAUGGCCUUCCUGUCAGCUAUAAUCGGGGUCUUCAUCAUGUUGUGUCUAGGCGCUUUGACACCUCUCACCACCCUCCCCAUUGCCGUCAUUCCCUUUACCAUCUGGAUGGCAUCUUGA